AUGCCGGUAGUAGACCGCGGAGAGCUAGAGCUCCGCGACGCACCACUGCUGCUUCGGCAAUCGGUCUACUUCGCCGGCAGCAUGAUGCGGAGAUCAACAGCAGGCCACCACUCAGCCCCCUCGACGCAGGCUCUGUACAUCAAGGUCAAGACUUUACUUUUUCUAGAUAUGGAAAAGGAUCCGCUAGUGGUUCUCCGCGCCGUGGCCCUGCUCGGCAGCUGGAGCUCGCACCCACCGCAGGCCAUCAGCCUCGAGUGCCCGUGGCAGUGGAACGGCACGGCCAUCCGGCUCGCGCUGCAGCUGGGGCUGCACCGGGAAGCCACCUACACCGACAGCGAGAGGCACAAGCGGAGCCGCCGCGUUAUGUGGUUUCUUUUCAACAACGAGACGUUGCAAUCAAUCUGCUAUGCCCGCCCGUCCAUGCUGCGGCUGCAAGACCUAGACAUCCGGCAUCUUGAACCCAAUGACUUCCCCGAAGGGGACAGCAUCUCGGCUAUGGUGUUUUGCGCCAUGACACGUCUCUGCACCGAACUCAGCCACAUCGAGGCCCUCAGCGCCCAGCGCCGCCCGGCCGCCCCCGCCGAUAUCCUGGCCCGUGUCUCGGCACUGCGCGCCUGGAUCGCCGCGCUACCGCCAGCCCUCCGCCUGUUCGACGAGCAUGACAACCGGCGGCGUCGCCCGUGGAGCCGUCUCGUUGCCGAAUGCCACAUCUUCUACUUCGUCGCCGUCAUCCUAGUCUGCCUGCUACCCGGGCCACACCGGCAAUCACUGACCUUCUGCACGGCGUCGAUAGUUGCGUCGUCCUGCAUCGCGCGGCUGUACGAGGAGAUUCUGUGCCACGAGGAAGUGCAUUGUCUGUUGCCUAUCCACGGCUGGACCACGCUCCUCGCCGCAGUGCCGCAAAUCUACUGCGGCGUCAAAUACCCAAACCUGGCCUCCGUAUGCGCCGAGGAGCUAGACAUCAGCGCUGCUGUGCUGGAACAGAUGCGGGAUAAGUACGAGUCCGCGGCCGUCGUGCUGACGAAGGUCGAUGCUCUGCGGCGGACGGACGCGGCAGCGGCAGCGGGGUGGCUGAAUCAGCCGCUGUCGUCUUCAUCCUCGUCGCCGCCGAGGGCCAAUGGUAGCAGCAGCAGCAACCAAACAGGGGGGGACCAAUCCUGGCGUGAAACGGAAGGGCUUGCGGAUGCUGUAGCCGGACUCUUCCCGUUCCCCAGCCAUCUGUCGCCGAAGAUGGGGCUGCUGCCGCUGCCUUUCGGCUCCUCGGCUGCGUCGGCUGUUGCGGUCGACAUCACGAUGAUGGGGGCGGCGGAAUUGCCUUCUCCUGUAGCCAUGCCGUUUGACCCAGGCGAGAUCACUUGGCCGCUGGACUUGUCGGCUUUCUCACUGGCUAAUUUGGACAGUCUAUUCCCGUCUGAGAUGGCGGUGGAAAGCGGAGACGCGGGGUUGAGUGGAGUAGACGGUGCUCUGCACACGGCUAUCUGA